AUGUCUAACCCAUCAAUUGUACUGAAAGACAAGGGCCAAAUUGUCCUAGAGAAUAGACCAGUUCCUGAAAUUCGGGAUGACCACUAUGUGAAAAUUGCCAUCAAGAAGACAGGUAUUUGUGGAUCCGAUGUCCAUUACUAUCUUCAUGGACGUUGUGGUACAUUUGUGGUGAACGCACCAAUGGUGCUAGGUCAUGAAUCUUCAGGUGUCAUUGUUGAAGUUGGGAAAGCAGUUACAAGAGUUAAAGUUGGUGAUAAUGUUGCUAUUGAGCCAGGUAUCCCUGAUCGUUUUGGAGAUGAGUUCAAGACAGGUCAUUAUAACUUGUGCCCUCAUAUGGCUUUUGCUGCUACUCCUCCUUAUGAUGGUACUUUGGCAAGAUACUACUUGAUGCCUGAAGAUUUCGUUGUUAAAUUACCAGAUCAUGUUUCAUUAGAUGAAGGUGCAUUAGUUGAGCCAUUAAGUGUAGCUGUCCAUGCAGCCAAACUUGGAGGAAUCAAGUUCAAUUCAAAAGUUGCAGUCUUUGGGGCUGGUCCUGUUGGUUUAUUAGCUGCUGGUGCAGCCAGAGCUUUAGGAGCUUCAGAAGUAUUGGUUGUCGAUAUCUUUGAUACUAAAUUAGAACUAGCUAAAAAAAUCGGAGCAACACAUGUUUAUAACUCAUUGAAAAAAGGUGAUUUUGUUACUGAGGUAUUGAAACAACUUGGGGGUAGACCUGACGUUAUAUUGGAGGCAUCUGGUGCUGAAAUAGCAAUUCAAAAUGGUCUUGCCCUUGUUAAAACUGGUGGUUCUUUUGUUCAAGUUGGUAUGGGUAAAGAUUUUGUUAGUUUCCCAAUAGCACAAAUGACUGAAAGAGAAUUGACAGUUAAAGGUAACUUUAGAUAUUGUCACGGUGACUACCAAGAUGCAGUUGAUAUGAUUUCUUCUGGUAAGAUCAAUGUCAAGCAGAUCAUUACGCAUAGGUUCAAAUUCAAAGAUGCCAAAGCUGCGUAUGACAAUAUUGUUAAAAAUGGUAAAGAUGUCAUUAAGACUAUCAUUGAUGGUCCUGAAGAUACUUCUAAACUUUGA